CAAGCAGAAGAAUCAGGAUACAAUGGCGAGUCUCAAAUCCUUGAUGAUCUGCGCAAUCCUGAUCGCCGUCGCCGCCCUCUCUGUUGUUGUUGCUGCCGCCGCCCAGCCGAGCGAGGCCGGCGACCGGACGCACCUCGGUCUCAUACCGGCCGGCGGAUCGCAGUGCUCGGGCUCUCUCGCCGAGUGCCUGUCCGAGGAGGAAGAGUUCGCGAUGAACUCCGAGUCGAACCGGCGCAUCUUGGCAACCAGCAAGUACAUCAGCUACGGCGCACUGCAGCGGAACAGCGUGCCCUGCUCCCGCCGCGGCGCUUCCUACUACAACUGCAAGCCGGGGGCUUCCUCCAACCCGUACUCUCGCGGCUGCAGCACCAUCACAAGGUGCAGGAGCUGAAGCUGGGAAGCUCACCUCAAUCAUUCUCUGUUUCUAUUUCUUUUUCUUCUUCUGUUUCUUUGAAGAAAUUACUUUGGGAUCU